AUGUCUCUCCCCGUCCGCACCAGAGACGAGGGCGACGACGAAGGACCACCUACCAGUGGCUUAGUCGAUCGUGAAGAGCCUUCAGAGUCACUUGUCGGCCACGAAGGACGCCUUGAAGAUGGAAUGCUGCUGCGUGACUUUGAAGAGCGCACCACCUUCUAUGAUGCCGUUGCGGAGCUUCAGAUGACACAGACGGAGGCAAAGCUGUUCUACCAGCGCUCAAGGAAUGGAAACUCUCCAUGGCCGCAGGCAACGCCAUUCGAAAGUCCGCUCAUCCUCGCUGGAUCUCGCCCGGCCACAGAGUACGGGGCUGAUUCAUUGAUUCUUGACCCUGAUGACGCUGUAGAUGCAUCCUUCAGGCCCUUUGGAUCAGCAAACCCCUUCAGUCCAACUCAUCUCCACAAGCCUAGCCCUAGCGCCAGCUGCAUUCUCAACGACGCAAAGGUCGCCAGUAACACCUCAGGUGGCUUGGCAGAGAGUGCACUUUUUGACACUGAGCCUCACAUCACGGCAGAGCUCAGUGCUAUCUCGAAACAAAUUCACCGGAUAGUUGACACAAGGCGCAGAUACAUUGCUAUUUCAUCCCAAGGUCCAAAUGAUAACCCUAGAGAUACCCCUGAAUGGGAAAUCUACCCUCCUCCCCCCGAACCCGCAUGGGUCUCAAGCCAUGGCCAUGGCUCCGAGGAGAGCGCGAAGCACGGCGUAGGCGCUACGGCAAAUGCUCCUGGACAAAAGAGACCUUUACGAAGAAGAAAGUCUGGUCACCGUAUUGGAGAUGAUUUCCAACUGGACGAUUUGCUUCCUUUGCCAGGCGCCAGCGAGAUGACGUUUGAGCUCGACAGCGACGGAGUCUACCAGGUUCUCGACCCUGCCAGUAAGUCUCCCGCCAUACGCGUGCCGACGAUCCGAGAAUUCUACAUGGAUCUGGAGGAAAUUGUCAGGGUUUCAUCGGAUGGUCCCAGCAAAAGUUUUGCCUAUCGUCGACUUCAGUAUCUAGAAGGGAAGUUCAACCUCUAUGCUCUCCUGAAUGAAUAUCAGGAGACUGCCGAUAGCAAAAAGGUACCGCAUCGCGAUUUCUACAACGUCAGGAAGGUCGAUACGCACGUUCACCAUUCGGCCUGUAUGAAUCAAAAGCAUCUGUUACGGUUCAUCAAGAGUAAAAUGAAAAAGUCGCCCAACGAAGUCGUGCUCUUCCGAGAUGGCAAGCAUCUCACCCUGGCAGAGGUCUUCGCUAGCAUCAAUUUGACAGCAUAUGACUUGAGCAUAGAUACUCUUGAUAUGCAUGCACACGUGGAUUCUUUUCAUCGAUUCGACAAAUUUAAUCUCAAAUACAACCCUAUUGGCGAGUCGCGCCUGAGGACGAUCUUCCUGAAGACUGACAAUUUUAUGCAUGGGCGGUACCUGGCCGACAUAACCAAAGAGGUGAUAGCCGACUUGGAGUCCAGUAAAUACCAGAUGGUCGAGUGGCGCAUAUCAAUCUAUGGCAAGUCCAUUGAUGAGUGGGAUAAGCUUGCGGCCUGGGUUGUGGACAACAAGCUCUUUUCCCACAACGUUCGGUGGCUGAUCCAGAUACCUCGCCUCUACGACGUGUAUAAAGCAAGCGGUCUGAUGGACUCCUUCGAGCAAGUCAUACGGAACAUCUUCCAGCCGCUCUUUGAGGUUACAAGAGAUCCUUCGCGUCAUCCGAAGCUACACGUCUUCCUCCAAAGAGUCAUUGGCUUUGAUAGCGUCGAUGACGAGAGCAAGGCUGAAAGACGACUCUUUAAGAAAUUCCCGGUGCCCAGGGCUUGGGAUACGAAGCAGAAUCCUCCGUAUAGCUACUGGAUCUACUUCUUGUAUGCCAACAUGACCUCGUUGAACCACUUCCGGCGAAGUCGCGGCUUCAACACCUUUGUCCUACGGCCUCAUUGUGGAGAGGCCGGCGAUAGCGAACACCUGGCUGUGGCAGCGUUGUGUUGCCAUAGCAUCAGCCAUGGCCUGCUGCUGCGCAAAGUGCCUCUGCUCCAGUACGUCUUCUAUCUCGAGCAAAUCGGCAUCGCCAUGUCGCCGCUGAGCAACAACGCAUUAUUCCUGGCCUAUGAGCGUAAUCCCUUUCACCAGUAUUUCAAGCGCGGUCUAAACGUCUCCUUAUCCACGGACGAUCCGCUACAGUUUGCUUUCACCAAGGAGCCCUUGAUCGAGGAGUAUGCCGUGGCCGCGCAGAUAUAUAAGCUGAGCCCGGUCGAUAUGUGCGAGCUGGCCAAGAAUUCGGUGAAGCAGAGUGGCUAUGAAAAGUCCAUCAAGGAGCAGUGGCUGGGUCAAGACUUCGACAAGCCCGGCAAGGACGGUAACAAUGUGGCCAAGACCAACGUGCCGGAUCGCAGAGAGGAAUUCCGGUACCACACGCUCCUUCAAGAGAGAGACAUCUUGAAUCGAUAUGCCACAUAUGGUGCUGGCAGUGAAACCGCUUCAAACGCACCAAGAGGCAUCCAGGCAGCGGAACACAAGGACAGCAAAAAGCCUUCGUCUCUAGCUGCCACGGCGGCUGACCUCAAGCAUGUAGAUCCCGAGGGCCAUGCAUCAUCCCUGGUCGACUCUCACGCGGCAGAGCCUCUCUUGCCCGCCAACAGCACAGCAGGCAACCACAUUACCGGAAGCGACCCCAUGAUAUUUCCGGGUAUUCUUGCCCGAGAGCACCGAAACACCAGUUCGCGGAAUCUGGCGCAGGGCUGCUGA